CGAAUGAAGCCCAGUGAGUUUGGUCACACCCUUUGAUUUGUCUCGCCCCUCGGCCUCGGAGGAGGAUGAAUGUGCAGCCAGAGCGCCAUGUUGAACACACACAAGCCCAGCACUCUUAACACUACCGUCACAUCAACACACACCUCGACUACACCGUGUCUCAGAAAAUAAAGUUUCUAUCUCUCUCACACGAGUAGUGUGUACUUAUGCCGGGUGUUACCUCCGGUCAUCAUCGGCACAGGAGGUUUGGUAAUGGAGGAAUUCAUCGAGCUGGCUUCCUUCAGUCUGUGGAAAUGGUUUUAACAGGCACAGAGUAACAGAGAAACCGUUGAAACCGAGAUUGUGUUCUAACUAUUACACAAGACUUCUUUUUUUUUUUUUUUUUUUAACUCUCAAGGAUUUGAACACUACACGCCACCAUGCCAAGCUCAACUAUUCGGAGACAGAUGAAAAAUGUGGUAAAUAACUAUUCAGAGCCAGAGAAGAAGGUCAGGGAAGCGACUUCCAAUGACCCAUGGGGCCCUUCCAGUUCUCUGAUGUCAGAGAUCGCUGACCUCACUUACAAUGUGGUGGCAUUUUCAGAGAUAAUGAGCAUGAUUUGGAAGAGGCUGAAUGACCACGGAAAGAACUGGCGGCAUGUGUACAAGGCCCUGACACUGCUGGACUACCUGAUCAAAACGGGCUCCGAGCGAGUGGCCCUGCAGUGCAAAGAGAACAUCUUUGCCAUACAGACGCUCAAAGAUUUCCAAUAUAUCGAUCGGGACGGCAAAGACCAGGGCAUCAACGUCAGGGAGAAGUCGAAGCAGCUGGUUGUGCUACUGAAGGAUGAUGACCGUCUGAAGGGUGAACGCUCUCAGGCCCUGAAGACUAAGGAGCGCAUGGCGCAGGUGGCCACCAGUGUGGGCAGCAACAAUCAGAUCAGCUUCGGCCGUGGCUCCAGCCAGCCCAACCUGUCCACCAGCUACUCAGAGGAGUAUGGCAAGUCUGAGGGCUCACCUGCAUCAUAUCAUGGAUCCACAUCUCCCAAUGCAUCUUCAGAGUUGGAGCAAGCCAGACCUCAGACGAGUGGAGAAGAGGAGCUACAGUUGCAACUGGCUCUUGCCAUGAGCCGAGAGGCCGCCGAGCAGGAGGAGAGGAUGCGUCGUGGAGAUGACCUACGACUGCAGUUGGCUCUGGAAGAAAGCCGCAAAGACUCCAGCACAGGGAAAAUAGCCAAGAAGAAGAAAGAGCCUCCACAGUCUUCUCUGAUGGAUUUGAUGGACUCUGUUCUGGAGGGACCUGCCGAUCAAACCUCCGACCCUUGGGGAGCAGGUGCUGCAGCAGCAGGCCCCGCCUCAGACCCCUGGCAGUCCUAUGGUGCAGCCCCUAAGCCAGCUGCUCCUGUGGAUCCCUGGGGUCUUCCCAGUGCCUCUUCAUCAGUUGCUCCUCUGAAAAGCAGUGACCCCUGGGGGUCGACCCCGGCUCCUGCAGCUGCUGAUCCCUGGAGCCCAAUACCUGCCACCCGCCCUAAAGCCACUGCCACAGUGGGUAGCUUUGAUCUUUUCUCCACACCAAAUGGUACUUCCAGGGAGGACCUCUCCGAGUUUGACCGUCUUCGCUCCUCAGCAGUGACGGGUGAUGGUAGAGGAAGCUCCGCCUUGCCAUCGCAGACCAGUUUGUCUGUAGGCUCUGAUCUGUUUGACGUACCAACCAGAAAAACUCCAGAGUCUUUCCUUGGUCCCAAUGCCGCACUUGUCAACCUAGACUCUCUGGUCACCAAACCUCCCCAGCAGGCUCCAGUCUCCAACCCCUUCCUCGGUGGAGUCCCAGGAGCAGCUUCAGCUCCUGCAGCUCAGGUCAACCCCUUCCAGGUGAACCAGCCACAGCCACCCACCCUCAACCAGAUGAGAGUCAGUCCCAUGAUGGGCCUGAGUGGACAGAGCUUCAGCAUGGUCCAGAGAAGCAACGAGCCCUUGCCUCUGUCCUCAUUGCCCCCAGCCGGCUCCGUCUCAGUCGUACCCAUGGCCGGUAUGGCUCCUCUCGGGCCGGUGGGCCAGAUUCCAAACAUGGGGAUCCCAGCCUCCAUGUCCCUGCCCCAGCCGCUCAUGAGCGUAGGGCUGCCGCCCACAGGCGCAGCAACACAAGCCGGCAGCACAACCAACCCCUUCUUAUUGUGAGGAACAACAUUUGCCUCCCCGAAACACACAAAUCUCUCUCAUCCCUGUUCCUAUGGCAUAGACAUCGUAGUCUAUUGUGUUCCGCCAAACCUGUGUGCUAUUUUGAGACUUUUGGGAGUAGCAGUGGUGUUUACAGGUUUUACAAAUGGCAGGAGAUUCCCUUCCUCUCCUGUAAGAAAUUGGUACCAUACGACGAUUUGGUAUUCUUUUCUAAAUUUCCUAAAAAGAACCCAUAAGCGAUACAGCGUCUAGGAGAUUUUCUUCCCGGGAGCAACCUUCCUGUUUUUUACUUUCUUUUUUUGAUGGCUAACUUUUCUUAUCAGAGGCUUGAAACUAGGAGUACUGGUUCCUCUUAAUUUUUCACAUUUCUAGUCUUUGAAAGCAGCUUGCUAGAUAAAACUAACCCCUUUUAAUCGAAGCAGCCUGUAUGUUCUACGCAGUGCAUAUACACUAUGUGUAUUUACAGUACGCUUAAGUAGACCGUUUAGAGGACUCUCUAUCAGUUUACAUGGAAAUGAUUUUGAUGUUCUAAGCAGGGAUUUUGCACAUGCUCUGGUUUAUCUGCUUUUGACUGUCGGCCUACCGUUAUUCCUUAGUGCGAGAAGCAAUGGGAAACCAUUCACUAAGACGCGAGCAAAGCCGAGGACUAGGAGGGAGUCUGCGAACUGCAUGUGUGAAUGGUUUCAAACCUGAUGCAUUAAAAGUUGAACUUCAUACUGAA